CCAACGUGCAGUAUAUAAUAAAACCCGGAAGGGUCCUGGAACUAGAAAUUUGGCCCUUGGAUUCAGGAGGCACCGUGAGGGGGGAGGAUCGAACCCCCAAUCUCUAGCUCCGUAGCCAGAGACCUAACCCACUGAGCUAUCCAUCCAUCGGGUGUGAGGGGCAUAAAGUCCCCAAAUGGUAGGUGAAGCAGUGGGAGGAUGUGUAGGAGAAGUGUGGAAAUCUAGACAUGUGUCAAUCGGCAGAGAGAGAGGCUUUUGAUCUUCGGCUUUAAGCUGGAGAUGGCAGGUCUAAAGCUGGUUUUCUGUGGCCUUUUCCCCAUCCGAAAUGUGUCCCGAACAAACUAGGAUGAAUAAACCAGAAGCUGGAAGUCCGGUGGCCUUGAAAAUGAGCACUUUCAAGCAGCCGGUUGUGUUCUCUUACUCUGUUUUCUUCUGUCCCAGGGACGUCUGUGCUAUGCCUUUGGUUCUGCAGGGCUCUUGAACGAGGAUGGAGUUCCCGGAGCAUAGCAAGAAUGUCCUGCAGAGCCUCUGGGAGCAGCAGCACGAGGGCUUCCUUUGCGACUGCACGGUGCUGGUGGGCAGCACCCAGUUCUUGGCCCACCGGGCGGUCCUGGCCUCUUGCAGCGCCUUUUUCCACAUGUGCUACAAGGAGCGUCUGGACAAGCGCGACUUCGUCUCCAUCAACAACGAGAUCGUCACCGCCCCGGCGUUCGGGCUGCUGCUGGAGUUCAUGUACAAAGGCAGCCUCUCCUUCAACGACAUGCCGGUGGAGGACGUCCUGGCGGCCGCUAGCUACUUGCACAUGAACGAUAUCGUCAAGGUGUGCAAGAAGAAGCUGCAGGCGCGGGCCACGGCGGAAGCGGACAGUACGAAGAAGGAAGAGGAGGCCCUGGGAAGCUCCGAACGCCUGCCCAGCACCUCCAGAGGCCAGCUUCAGAUGCCCGAAACCCAGCCAUUGCCGGUCCUCACCCCUCACCCCUGUGAAGCUGACAAGAGCAAGAAAGAGGAACUAAAAGGAGGAGAAAAACCUGCUUCUGAAGAAUCGUUGGCCUCCACUUUGGAUGUGGCGGACACCACGCAACCGGGCGUGGAGGCUCCUCCACCUGCCAGGCUUCUACCUCUUCCUGCGCCACCAGCGCCACCCGUAGUGGUCGACAUUUCGUUCUCCAGCCCCAGCAGUUCCACAGAAUCCGUCUCCCACAGCGGCUUUCCCGCGGGGAGCCUGGCGGAAAGGUCUUCCAGCGCGGGUCCUGCUCCGGAGAGUUACCCAGAGCUGCAGGCCCGGGGAACCCUCGGCCCGCUGGGCGCCAAAGAGACAAACAGGGCUUCCAUCAAGGUCAAGGUGGAAGCCAUCGUGAUCUCUGACGAGGAACCGGAUGGUGUGGAGCACCUGAGCGGGCAGGGCGCAGAUCUGAGGCUGGAGAGCCUCUUCCAGAGGUCGACUGGGGAGCCUGGGCUCGCCGGGAAGUGCGUCCGCCACCCCGAGAGCUUUGAAGAGCCAGCGGAGAUGGAAGAGGUGUCCUCCGAGAGCGGAUUCCUGCCUCAGGAGCACCUCCCGUAUCAUAUGAUCCCCCUGCCUGGCGGGCAGAGUUUUUCUAACCUGGUGACUCCGCCGCUGCACGAGCAGAUCUAUUUGCAGGAUUAUGAGUCACACUCUAACUUUGGCAUCUUCACCGAAGACGUGCCCACCUGCAAGACGUGUGGGAAAACCUUCUCCUGCUCCUACACGCUGCGGCGCCACGCCACCGUCCACACGCGGGAGCGGCCCUACGAGUGCCGGUACUGCAUGCGGAGUUACACCCAAUCCGGAGACCUUUACCGGCACAUCCGCAAGGCCCAUAAUGAGGACCUGGCAGCCAAACGGUGCAAACAGGACGUAGAGAAUCCCUCCUAGGGUGUCUCGCCAGGCAGAUCAUCCGGACCACUCCCCACACAUGUCCUGUUUUAACUUGGUACAAAGCCAUGCAAGCUGGCCUCCCCCAAGCGCAGAGAGUCCUGCGUCCCAUUGGUCUGGCUGUUCCACCUCCAUCCCUCCAAAUAUUUCUCCACUUUUGGUGUUGGGUUUUCCGUAACGCAAUUCAUGCCUAUUUGUAUAGUCCCUGUACAUAGUUAAGAACUAUAAUAUGAAAAUAACCAGGGAAGGUUUCUUAAUUUUAUUCCUUUUUACAGUAGGACCUCUGUAUCUGCAGGGUAUUGCUUCCAGGCCCCCUGUCCCGUAGAUGCUGAAAACUGGAUAAUAGCAAAUGCUAUACAUAGCAUGAUAAAAGAAGAAAACAAAUUUAAAAAAUAUG